GUUACAUUUUCUCUUCUUCUUUUUCGUAUUUUAUUCAUUCUUUUUUUUUAUAUUCUAUACAUAUAGAUCUAUUUAUAUAAAACCAUAUAUCCCCUUUGGUCAUAUUCCAAUAUAUAUAUUUAUACAUAUAUAUAUAUAUAUUUUUGACCUCAUUCAUAUAUUAUACUAUAGUUAUUAGUAAUGGAAUACGUUGGAAAACUGGGAAGCCUUUUUACUUCGGUCCAAAGUUUUUAUAAUGAUAUCAAUCCUGCGACUCUUAGUGGUGCUGUAGAUAUUGUCGUAGUUGAACAAAAAGAUGGAGACUUGGCUUGUAGUCCUUUUCAUGUAAGAUUCGGUAAAUUGUCUUUAUUAAUGCCUCAAGAAAAAAAAAUCGAAAUUAAGGUGAAUGGACAAGUUGUACCCUAUUUGAUGAAAGUAGGUGAAGCUGGUGAAUCUUUUUUUGUCUUUGAAACAGAACAUGAAGUACCUGAAGAAUUCCAAACGUCACCUAUUGUUGGUGCUGUUAAUGAAAGCAAAGUUGACGAGGAACCUCCCUUUUUAGAUAUUGGUGAAUCCAAAAAUCAAGAAAAUGCUAAACAAAAUAUUUCUCAAGACAAGGAUCAGUUUGAAGAUGAUGAUACAAAUAUGAAACUACCAUUACCUGCUGAAUUACAAUCUCCGAAGAUGAUCAUUGAAGAACAAAUGGAUAAAGUUGUCACCAAUAUGGACCCUUAUUCUACACAUUUGCAUCACCAUUCACAACAAAAACAACAACAACAAGAUGUUACUAGCAAUUUGAACAAAGAUAUUGACAACUUGACUUUGGAUUCUCAAAAUAAUAUUAAAAAACCUGCUCCACAAAAUGAUGUUUAUCCUAUGGAUGAUGGAUCCUCUUUACUGGAACGUGUUAUACCAGAAGCUAUCAGUACUACUACUAUUGCAAAAGAAACUUUUAUAGUACGACCUGCUAACGGUGAUAUAUAUAGCAAGAUUAUGGAUGUAUCUCAUCGAUCAGUACAAAAACGACACGAUCAAUCGUCAUCAUCAUCAGAGCAAAUAGAAGAAGAUUCUUUACCUCUGGAGUCCACUUUUUCUCAUCAACAAUCGUUAAAAUCACAGAAACAGCAAAAACAUCAAGGGCAAGAUGACUCUGAACCUCAAGAAGCUCAUGGCCAUAAUGAAUCUAUUGUAUUGGACAUUGCUGGUUAUAAAACAGAUCAAAAUGAUUGGGAAGAAGCACAUCGGCAACAAGUAGACAAUCUGAUUCUUUCAACAUUAGAAGAUGAAAUGAAGGCUGAUUUAUCUAAAGAUGGAACUGAUGGUAUUGCACGCGCAGAAUCUCCUAUAUCGAUGACCAAGAAGGAUGAUCUACCUCAAGUUACAACAAUAACAACAACAGAGACAACAUCAGAAAGCAAUAACAUAUCAACUCGAUUAUGGGGAUGGGGUAACUCUCGUAGAAAAGGUACAAACGAAUCACAGGAAUCAUUGAAAAAUAACAACAACAGCAACAACAACAACAAUAAUAAUAAUGAUGAAGACGACGAUAUGGACGAUGAUGAUAAUGAUGAUGAUUCAACUUCGAUUGGCACCGACACCACAAAGGCUACUGAUGUUUCUCAAACAACGACAAUGGACGAACAAGGCAAUAAACUUAUUUAUAAUAACAACAAUGAUUCAACACCGUCAAAAUACCAACUUGUUCCUGGCACCAUUUAUCGCAUUGAAAUGAGUUUAUGCGGCCUCUCAGCUUUUGGAUCCGAUGAAAAAGAAAAUAGUCAAGUAUUUGAAGAACAUCAGAUCACCUAUGAUACCUUUAUGCAUAAUCCGAAUCUUCUUAAUGACAAACGGCUGGUAUUUCGUUAUGAGCGUCGAUAUUAUGCUGCUGGACAUACUGGACCUUUGUUUACCUCCUUAUUGUUGUACAAGAAGCCCUUGCAAGAAACUUCUAUUGGCAAGAAUGAUCAUCAUCCAUCUACUACUGGUUCUGGUUCGUCGGCUGGUAAUGUGGAAGACAGUCGAGAAUCCUAUCUCUUUGGCAAAGGUUGGCGUCAAUGGCUUAGUCGUUCUUCUGUGGCGGCUCCAUCUACCUCGACUGAUAGCUCAACUACUGAUAAGUCUUCGUCCGAAAUCAAUACAGUAACAGCAAACAUAACGGAAACAGCAAAAACAGCAACGGAUGAUGAUAAGGAUGGACAUGAUGAUGUAACUACCACCUUUACAACAACUACGAAAACAACUACAGUUGGAUGGAAUGAAGUGCACAACCACGAUGGUAAGAAUGGUGAUGAUCUGACAAACUCAAUGAACUUUGCACCUCGAAAGAACUACGCUAAAACGCUACGAUUGACCUCGGAACAGCUCAAGCAAUUAGGACUGAAUAAAGGAGUCAAUACGAUUUCAUUCUCUGUUACUUCAGCAUACCAAGGAACAGCAACAUGUGCGGCCAAGAUAUUUUACUGGGAUUACGAUAUGCCGAUUGUGAUAUCAGAUAUCGACGGAACCAUUACAAAGUCAGAUGCUCUUGGUCACGUCUUCACUAUGAUUGGCAAAGAUUGGACUCAUCAUGGUGUAGCUAAACUAUAUACGGAUAUUUGCAAUAAUGGAUACAAGAUAUUAUAUUUGACUAGUCGUGCGAUUGGUCAAGCCGACUACACAAGGGAUUAUUUGAAGAAGGUGGAACAAGGGAAUUAUCAGCUGCCCGAUGGACCGGUUAUCAUGUCACCAGAUCGACUUUUCACUUCAUUUCAUCGUGAAGUCAUUAUGCGGAAGCCUGAAGUAUUCAAAAUGGCAUGUUUAAAGGAUAUACAACGAUUAUUUGGCGGACGCGACCCAUUUUAUGCUGGAUUUGGAAACCGAAUGACAGAUGCUAUCUCUUAUCGAAGUGUCAAUGUACCUGCAUCUCGUAUUUUCACUAUUGAUCCUUAUGGUGAUAUCAAGUUGGAACUUCUCAAAGGAUUUACAUCAUCUUAUAUUCAUCUGAAUGAUUUAGUAGAUCAAAUAUUCCCUCCUGUGAAUACCAAGACUACAACUACUGACGAAGAAUAUAAUGAUUGGAACUUUUGGAAACAACCUUUACCAGAAAUCGAACUUCCUCUUGCCGUGACUGAUACCAAGAAAUCUCCUCCUACAUCUCCCAAACCAAAACCGAUCAUCUCGUGGUAGUUUAUUGCGUAGUUUAACCUCCAUGUCAUCAACAUCAUCAAGUUCUUUAUUAUCUGA